AUGUCCGUGCUGGAGUUGGCCGAAGGACGCAGAGUCCAGCUGGCUGACCAGCGCCAUGGAUUCAUCCGAUUCUUUGGCCACACCAACUUUGCACCUGGCCUCUGGGUCGGUGUUGAGCUCGAUGACGAUUCCGGCAAGAACGACGGAAGCGUCAAUGACGUUCGCUACUUUGACUGCGACAUGGGAUACGGAAUGUUCGUCCGUCCCACCGCCUUGAAGCUGCUCGCCGAGCCGGCUGCUCCGCUGUACCCUCAGCCCAAGAAAAAAGGCCGCCCUAGCAGCAUGUUCUCAGCCUCUUCUCGAGGUUCUACCCCGGCCGAUCCGGGCUUGACCAAACGGAUCAGCCUAAACGCACCAAGCCCGACACCGAGCCAAAAGCAACAAACCCGUACACCUACUGGGAUCAGAUCACCCACCAGAUCACCCACCAAGCAACUGGGCACUGCGCCUUCGAGCGGAGCUCCAUCCCGCACUACCACCCCGUCCAAUGCAAAACCUGCCCCGGGAGCUCGCUCACGUCCGGCCAUCGCCACGGCCCGACCCUCGAUGGCCCCGCCUCCGAUGCCAGUCAGGCAAACUCGUCAAGCCUCAUCGGCCGCCGUUCCAAAGACUACCGGUGGAAUUCCCAAGACUACUGGUGCCCCUACACGUACCCCUAGUGGCCGACUGGCUGUCACCACCAAACCCAAUGUUGUUCGUUCGGCGGUUACUCGAGCCUCUUCAGUCGCCAUCCCGGGAUCUGCCAAGUUUCACACCACCGGUAAACGCUCCAGCUCCAGCAGCGCUGCGUCUGGCCCGAAGAGCAGCGAUGAGGACGUUGGAUCCCCCCCCAUCACCAGCCCUGUCCAGUCGAGGACCAUGGCGCUCGAGAAACUCACUGGCUCAACGAGCACCAAACCAACCACGGCCACGAAACAGCCCACCAAACCAUCAAGUGCCGCCGCGGCAUCCCCGCGGCCCGCAGCUGGCAACGCAGCUGCUACGAAAGAGAUCGAGGAUCUCAAGGCGAAGCUCCGCGUCCUCGAGAAGAAGAGAAUCGAGGACCGGGAGAAGCUCAACGAUCUCGACAAAAUGAAGAGCGAACGCGACAGAUUUGAGCGGAUUAUUCAGACGCUGCAAAUCAAGUAUCAGCCCCAACAGCAGGAAAUCGCUGAGCUUAAACGUCAACUCAAAGAGGCCGAGUCUCGCCUCUACAACGUCGAGGACAUUCAGCAGGAACAUGAGACGGCAAUGGAGCUUGCCACCCUCGACCGUGAGAUGGCGGAAGAGAUGGCCGACGUCUACAAGACGGAGCUAGACGCCCUGAAACACAAGACGGAGGAGCUCAAGCUGGAAGUCGAUAUCCUUCGGGAGGAGAACUCUGAAUUCACCAAAGGCAUGUCAUCCGAGGACAUCGCCAGCACCGGCUGGCUUCAGAUGGAAAAAGACAAUGAACGCCUCCGGGAAGCCUUGAUCAGACUCCGAGACAUCUCGCGAGAGCAAGAGGACGAGUUCAAGCACCAAAUCAAGGAGAUGCAGGACACCCUUGCCGAGGGUGACGCCUUCAAGGACAAACUCCAUGCUUGCGAAAUCGAAUUGGCUCAGAAGGAGAGUGCCGUUGAGGACCUCAGAGAACAGCUUGACAACGCACUCGGCGCUGAAGACAUCAUCGAAACCUUGACGGAGCAGACGAUGAACCAGUCUGAAGAGAUUAAGGAACUCAAAGCGACCAUCCUUGACUUGGAGGAGCUCAAGGAGGUAAGCGAUGAGCUCGAGAUUAACCAUGUUAACAAUCAAAAGGAGAUGCAGGAUGAGAUCGACAAACGGGACGCCGUGAUUGCUGAGCAGGCUCGCCAGGCUGCCAUACAACAGCAGGCCAUCGAAGACAACGAAUACACGCUGUCGCGCUUCCGGGAGCUUGUCACCAACCUGCAAAGCGACCUCGCGGAUAUGCAUGCUUCUCGGGCGGUUACCGAGAAUGAAUCUGAACAACUGAACGCCCGGUCCAGGGCCAUGCUGGAUUUGAACAUGAAACUUCAGAUCUCGGCCGCCAAGGCGCAAGUGAAGACAAUCGAUCUCGAACUUCGCCGUAUGGAGGCGCAGGAGGCCGAGCAGCACCUUGAGAUCGUUACAAUGUUCCUUCCCGACACGUACCAAACGGACCGAGACUCAGUCUUGGCACUGUUGAGAUUCAAGAGAUUGGCCUCCAAGGCCGAUAUCCUCAACGGUUUCAUCAAGGAGCGAGUCAACGGCCAAACCCAUCCCGGUCACGAGAACGAGCUGUUCGAGGGCUGUGGCGCCAUGGACAAGCUCGCCUGGAUCUCGUGCAUGUGCGACCGUUUCAUCAAUUCCAUCAGCCAUUGUUCCCUUGAGCAGUUCGCCAAGUACGAGGGAGCUUUGUACGAGCUGGAGCCAGUCGAGCGCGCCCUCAACGGGUGGAUUGAAGGCUUGAAGCAGGACGACCUAAACGAGAAGAAGUGCUCUGUCGAGCUGCAGCGCACCAUCGCCCUCAUGACCCACCUCGGCGAGGUUCACAUAUCGUCCGACCUUGAAAGCUUUGCGGACGACAUCCACAUGAAGGCAUCCCUCAUGCAAAGCUACCUCGAGUCAGCCGCCGUCUCAUUUGCGGCCACGGCAACCAUGGUUCAGCGGGUUGUCGCUCAAGACGACGAGGAGCUUGGUCAACACUUUUCCAAAAAGGCCGAGGCCGUUGUCACCCAGACACGCAGCGCCAAGGUCAUUGCAAACAAGACUGUCCGCGCGCUGGAGGAUCUGAAGUCGAGAUCGCUCUCUCUUCUUCCAGAGACCCUAGAUGCAUUCGAGCAAUGCGAGACGGCAACCGCCGAGCUCGCUGACAUGGCGCGGAGAAUCGGCCUGGACCUCCACGGCUUCUUGCACGAGGAAGGUAGGGCCGACCCGUACACCUACUCGGAUGUCCAGUCAUGCACACAGAAGACCGCCAUGACUGCUUUCAGCGCAGACGAGACGGAUCUAUUUUCCACUUACCUCAACAAACUACGAUUCGUCACCUCGCAGAUUUCGGAUCUCGCAGCACUCAGCAUUGAUUUAUCCAACACCCAGGAAUUUGAACGCAGCCCGGCUCCAUGGAUUCUGCGGAGCCAGGAGCUCAAGAUGCUCAAGAAAAUUCCGAUCGAAGUCGAGGCCGAGACCCGUCGUCUCAAAGAUGACCUCCACAAUACUCGACGCAACCUCGCCAUCCGCGACGAGGACCUCAGCACUGCCCAGCUCAAGAUCGAGACCCUGGAGUCCCGCAUGCGAGACGCCAAGGCCAAGACAUCUCGUAUCUCUGAGCUAGAAUCACAAAUCGAAGCCGCGAAGGAGCAAAACACCACCCUCUCCGAGAGCAUCGAGAAGCAAGACAGAGAGCUCAGGUCGCUAGAGCUUGAAUGCGACAAGUGGAAGCAGGUUGCCAGCAGCAGCCGUGCCGUCACCGGUGGCGGCGCUGAAGAGGGCGAAGCUGGUGCCAAAGCGAACCAAGAGCGUGCAGUCGCCACAGCACGCGAGAUCGAAACCCUGAAGACAGAGAUUAACGGUCUCCGGUCUUCCUUGCGCUACCUGCGCGAUGAUAACCGCCGCGCGCGGACUAACGAACAACCAAACCACGAUUGGCUCGCCGAGCCGCUCAUUAAGAACGUCCCGCCCGCCGAGCAGCGCAAAGCCAAUAUCGCCAGCGAGAGUAAGGCUGUGCUUGGUGAAUUGGUCAAUCUGGCUAGCAGCGCAACAGUCUACGACAUGGCAAGCUUGCCCGCCGAUAAGGUGGCGUGGAAGCCUGCCGAAGCGACACCCCAGUUUCAUGCACACCAACAAGUCCAGAAUUUUCUGGAGUGGAAAACAUGGCGAACGGAAAUGUUGAAGAAUGGAUCAUCAAUCAGAAGGUGUCUCAUUUCAAGGAUGGGUGAGAAUAUGCUCGCUUGGAGCAUGGAGGCUGCAGGGAAUUUGGCGGUUAGGGCGGAGAAGAAUUUGAUGGCAAGUCGGAAGAGACGGGAAUUGGCCUACGCCCAGCUAUUGGAAACGGUGGACAAGGCGGAAGAAAACCAUCGGGCGGGGCUCUGGUGA